CUUCUCUAGAUCUUUCUUCUCCCUUUCCUAGGCAAGGGUCUCCAGCAAGGGUCUCGUUCUUUCUUUCUUUCUUUCUUCUUUCUGUCUGCUGUCUGUUUCUGAUAGAGUAUUCCACUCACUACUACCCUUCGAGUCUACUCUAUCGUCUUAAUGAUCCGAUCUUGACUCCGCCAUGUCUGACCCGGAGCCUUCUGUUGCGGCACCCUCUUCCUCUCCGCCAUCAGUUCAGGCAUCCGAGUCUGCUGCUGCUGCUCUCAAUUACGCCUUUCUCGUCCAUUCUCAAAAGACCCUCACCCAGAACCUUCCCCCGCGCGUCGAUAACAAAUUGCUCGCCCGUCAGAAACGUCGUCGAACUAGUCCCGAAGACCAUGCAAUCCUCGAGGCUGAAUAUCAACGUCACCCCAAACCCGACAAGGCGGCCCGCGCUAGUAUAGUCAGUCGCGUCUCUCUGGGCGAAAAGGAAGUGCAGAUCUGGUUUCAAAAUCGUCGUCAAAAUGAUCGCCGGAAAUCUAAACCUCUUCAACCUCACGAACUUCUCGCUCCCCGAUCUGGCGAUUCCGAUCCGUUAAGACAACCCGCCAGCGACGAUAUUUCUGCAGAGCCGGGCUCUUCUAGCGGGGCGGAACUUGAUGAUCAUGACCAGGGCAAGGAUCUUGCGGCACGGUUGCCGGAGGAAGGAGUGCAGUCAUCUUUUGAGUCGGACGUCGUUGCUGGAGACAAGGACGAGCCUGAGCAGAUUCUCCCGAGCUCUCAAACAAGUGUGGAGUCUGCGUCUUCCGACAACAAACUCCAGCAAUCACAACCCUCGAACGAAAUACCCACAGAGUCCGAUCCAGCUCAGAACCCCAGUCAAGUACAAACCGAAGAAUCGCACCCGAACUCGGCCAAGAGGAAGCGAUCUGUUACGGAUCUGCGUGGUGAUGGCUCGGAUGCACAGCUGCCAUCGGGAGCAGGUCAGCUACAGAACAUAAGAUCACCGCCAUCGUUACGACUGUCGCUGUCCUUCGACGGGGAAGCGAUGGUACGGAAGGAGGACGAAAUGACACCGUCUCCCCCCAAAGGACGGAAUUCCCUCAGGAUUGCCAUGUCCUCGGACGGAAAAGCAGUCAUCCGUGCUGAUGAUGAGCCUUCCCCGUCCAAAAACCGCAUUUCCAUGUUUUCGACUCGAAAGUCCCGAUUUGCAGGGCUCCGAAGGAGCAACAGUGCGGUCGUCCUUGCAACACCGCGGGCUGGUAUGCCGGAGAAGGAGAGGACUUUCGGAAGAUCACGCGACCCCCGUAACUGGGAGUCUUUCUUCGACACCGAUGCAAGAAGCGCCUUGUCGACACCAACUAGUGCCCAAAGUGCACCCCACAUGGAUUCCCCUGGACUUUUCCGCUCUCGGGGCCAGCGUUCUUUGACUCGAAGCUUGUCAGCGAGACAAAAUGCCCUGGCAUCUAGAAAUCCGGAUCUAUUGAACACACCGGUGCCUCAACAAGCAGGGGAAAAGAGACGAAAGAUCUCGCGCACCGUUUCGUCGCUGGGUCGGCUCGAGAGCCGAGGGGCCUUGAACGACAAGACUCCCUCGCAGAAAAGCUCCAAGUUAUUUUCAAGUAGCAAAAAAGACGAUGAGGACUUGGAGCUGCAACUUGGCGAUUCCGACAAGGAGAACUGGAUUCCGGGAACCAGAACCUCCCAUGUCCGUCGACGGGCUGCUUCUCAUAAUACUCAACGACCGGUGCUUAAAGAAGCCAAUGGCAGAGAAGGCCGAGCCAAUAAAAAUCUCACAACUGCAGGCAGACGAUCCCGCCUAACGCAGGGGUCACAGCACAAAGCCGGUGGCAAGUCCAUGCCGGAGCUGGGAGCUGAUAUUUCUGCAUUCAUGGCUGGUGGAAACGGUGCCAGUCAAGAGGAAGACCUCGAUUGCAUCCAAGGCUUAUUAUCACUGAGCCAAGGUGCAUGGAAAUAGGAGGUCUUCAACCCCCUAUCUCUUCGAUACGACAUUUCCUUUGUCCCAUUCCCUUUGUCACUUUUUUCUUCUUCUUUUUUAUUCCCUUGUUCAAAUGUUUGGAAGCUGCAAGCUAGCAAGCGGCAAUUGCAUGUAUGAUGUGUGAGUGAUGCUCAUCUUGUAACGAUUCAACUGUCAUUCCCCCUCUGUUUGGUCCAGCUCUUGACCACUGUCUAUCAUUGAUGAUGAAGCCUGCCUGUAUCGAGUCGGGCUGUAUAGAUAUCCAGA